GGGGUGAGAGUGUGGUGUUGUGUGUGUAGCGGUGCGUGCGUCUGUGGUGUAAAAAGAAGAGUGUGUGUGCGCGCGCCGGAAGGCAUGUGCACGUAGGGAAAUUAACAACCACGUUUGAGGUAUACACGUAAGAGGGAUGCCAAGGCAAACUCAAAGACUUUCUCCGCUUCAGUUUGCUUCUUUUCUUCCUCCAUAUCAAAGCAAAAAGAUAGUAUUCUCCCGACGAGACCCAUAUCGAUCAUAUCCAUUCCCAGUAUCCAACUUCGAAUUAAUCUCGAGCGAUUAUAUUUCUCCUGUGGCUCCACUAAUUAUCUAGUACUACGUAUUUUUUAGCUUGAUAAUUAGCUCAAUCAAUCAAGAAAGCGAUCGAUUCAGAGAGCUAGCGCGAAGCUGACCAAGAUCUCCAAAGCAGCAAACUAAUUAAGGUGGAGCAUCGGAGGCAUGGGAAGCGGCCUCUACCUGACGACCAUCCGCAGCCUCGUCGGCCUCGGCCGGACCAAUCGCCGCCGCCGCCGCAAGCUUGGGCCGGCAGCGGCAGCUCAGCCAUGUCGUCGCGGCAGCCGAUAGGAUCCGGAGGCGGCGGCGCGCCCCCGGAUUGGCACGACGUCGAGCCGCAGUGGCAGCCGGUGGACGACGUGGUCACCGUGGCCGCCGCCGCAGCCUACCUCGCCGCGCCGGCCGGGGCGACGCUGUCGUCGGAAUCAGCUGACCGGCGGUGGCGGCCGGUGGGGCCUUCAGCCGCCGCCGCCGCCGCUGCCCUGCAGGCCGUGGAGGCGCAAGGUGCGGCGGCGGCGGAGCGGCACUACCGUGGCGUGCGGCGGCGGCCGUGGGGCAAGUGGGCGGCGGAGAUCCGGGACCCCAACAAGGCGGCGCGCGUCUGGCUGGGCACCUUCGACACCGCCGAGGCCGCCGCCGCCGCCUACGACGACGCCGCGCUCCGCUUCAAGGGCGCCAAGGCCAAGCUCAACUUCCCCGAGCGCGUCCGCGGCCGCACCGGCCAGGGCGGCUUCCUCGUCUCCCCCGCUGUGCCCCGCCCGCCGCCGCAUGGUGUUCCCGCUCCCGCGCCCGCCGUGGCGCCGGCGCCGUUCCCCGACCUGAUCCAGUACGCGCGGCUGCUGCGGAGCGGGGAGGACGCCGCCGCCGCCGCCGCCGUGGCCGGCAUUGCGGCCACCGCGGCGCCGGCGGCGCAGAUCCUGGACUUCGCGGCGCAGCGGCUCGUCGGGGUCUCUCCGGCGAUGGCGCCGCGCCCGCCGUCGACGCUGCCGACGACGACGACCGCGGCGUCGUCGCCGAGCGCGUGGCCUCACGGCGGCGGCCACGGGAGCUAGCGCGCGCGAGAGAGAUCGAAUACGCUCGUGUCAUCGUGGGCAUGCAUGGGUGGCGGCCAUAUUUUUUGUUUUUUUCAGCAUCUGUGCUGUGUGCGUGUGCAUGUCCUUGCAACGGGGUAGUUUAAUUUGGUUUGUGCCUUUGUCUUUCAGAAGGUAUUUGCUCGAUUUUACGCUUAAAACUUUUGAUUUCUUGUCACCUAAGGUAACACACUACUAAUUCUAAAAAUUGUAGUCCUAGGUAAGAUAUAACUUUUGUGCAUUUUUUACAGUAUUUACUAUUUUUUUUUGUUGAUGUGUAUGGUUUUGCUUUAUUUUUUAUCACUUAUGAAUAUUUUCAUAUCAAAAUUUUUGUAAAUAUUUUAUGUCUAUGUGAAAAUGUUUAACAUGUUAACUAAGGAGGAAAGGGACUGUUGAGAAAAGGUAUUACCAGUGAGAUCAAUUAGAUUUGUAUUCAAGGAAUGAGAAUAGUUGUUUAAAUGAUUUAGGGAUUUUCAAGGUUGUGGAGAUUUCUAGUUGACCAAAAUAAAAAUCAACUUCAGAGAUGAAUUUGGACAUAUAUA